AUGUACGCCUGCCUAGGCUCUCCAACUCGGUCUACGAGCUGUCUGAUCGGCCUUGGGAGCGGCCCCUCGUCGGCUCCUACGCUGGGACCUCCGCGGCUGCUCCUUGUGGCGCCCCCUCUGAGCGUCUCGCUCCAUAUCGUUUGGCGGCUGAAUGUGUUCAGUAUUCCGUGUCAAGUGGCUCUUCUGCGCUCCGUGGUUAUCAUGCUGUGGUUUCGAACGACGGGAAGAGUAAGAGCGAUUGGUGUUGCCACCCCCCUUCCUCCCAGACGCAUAAUCGCGAUGGAUCGCAAGUUGCAUCCGAGACGGCUGCUUGCUUCUGGUGGGCCAAAAGGAGAACCAGGACAUGAUGCUGUCACUACCUCGCCUGCUUCCUCGCCCACUGUCACCGGCCUUUCUGGCCUUGUUGUACUUCCGGAUAGCACGCGCGUGCUUCAUCUCCCUAAUGCCGCGACUUCUGACGCGCUCGUUGCCUGUCAGAGUCCCGCGGAGCUUGGUAACCCAUCCAUGAAUCGUGGAUGCCUUGCGGUUGCGAUAUCGGCUACCGCUCGGAUCUGGCUGGGAAGGGCGUAUCAGCAGGAGAUGCAAACACGGAGGAAAGACUCUGGAGUUGCUCACCGUAUCCCAUUCGAUAUCGAUCAUGACAGAUUGUGA